AUGGAGGUGGACAGCCCUACCGAUCCGUCAUCCACUCCCGCGGAGGACCGGCGCAAAUCAGGUCGAAUGACGCGGCGACCAGACAUUUUCUCGCAAAGUACACAUUCAUCCCAUGAACUGAACGCCAGUGGAAAGCGAAAGCGCGGGGAUGCGCAAGGCGCCGAGGAUAGUGACAAUGCGAUGUCGGAUUCGGAGAGCGAUGAUCCGAUCGAGGAUGAUACCGACGAGGAGGAGUUAAGAGAAAGGCAACGCGCCGCUCGCAAGGCCGGAUCCACAAAGAAAAACACCUCAAAGAAAUCAUCACAUGCAUCCAAGAAACCAAAGGUUACAGGCAACGGGGUGAGGAGACAACUUGCCUUCCGGCCCGCCGUCAAUGGCGGACUCCCGGCCUCGCGCCCUCGCAAACCAAAGGUACGACCUAGCUUAGCGGCAGGCGAGCGUGGACUAUAUGCCGAGGUCUUUGGCAAAAGCAACAAUGCCGACACGGUGGCUGCGCAGUUCCUAAACCUAUACCAGCGCGAGAAUGGAACGGCAAUUCGAGAUCUGAUCAACUUCGUGAUUAGAUGCACCGGAUCUGACCUGGAGAUCACCACGGAGGAUGUGGAAGAUGUUGAUCAUGCGCCCAAACGAAUCCAAGAUUUGCAGAAUACCUACCAAAUGGAAGGCUUCACCGAGUACCCUCUGAUAUCUCGAGCAAAGAAGUACAGAGCUUUCCAACCCGUCCUCGAAGAGUUCACAGUCGCGCUCAUUCAGACCUUCCACCAUUCAUCAGUCUUGUACACCGACGAGUCCCUUAUGGAGAACAUCCAAAUUUGGCUUUCCUCUAUGUCAACUGCCAACUGCCGUCCAUUCCGGCAUACUGCAACUGUUAUCUCCCUAGCAAUCAUGAACGCCUUAUGUGAUAUUGCACGUGAGGUUACAACGACACUGUCAACUUCUCGCAAACAGCUUGAGAGUGAGAAGAAAAAGAAGUCCAUGAAUAAAGGCAGAGUAGACGCGAUCCAAAAGUCUAUUUCGGAAGGAGAAGAAAAGGGGCAGCAAUUGGACGAUCUCUUGCAGGACGGCUUUGACACUGUAUUUGUCCAUCGUUAUCGCGACGUCGACGGCAAUAUCCGAGCAGAGUGUAUUGCCGCCUUGGGCGGAUGGAUUCGCACAUACCGGGAGUUUUUCUUUGAAGGUCAAUACCUGCGAUAUAUUGGAUGGACUCUCGCCGAUGUCGUUCCGGGUACUCGGCUGAUCGCAUUGUCGCAACUACUUCCCCUCUACGAGAACAAGGACAAUAUCGGUGUUCUCCAUUCUUUCACCGAGCGUUUCCGUCAGCGUAUCGUUGAGAUUGCCGUUCAAGACGCCGAGAUUACCGUGCGGAUUGCCGCUGUCGAGCUGCUGAUUCAUCUCCGAGAUGGGGGAUUGCUUGAACCAGACGAUAUUGACGCUAUUGGACGUUUAGUCUUUGAUGUUGACCCUCGAAUUCGGAAGACUGCAGGCCAGUUCUUUGUUGCAAACGUCCAGGAUGCGUUCGAGGCGAUUACAGAAGAAGUAGAAGAUGAACUUAAUGAGAUGUUUCCCGAUGAUGAUGAGGAUGAUUACGAAUCACCCAAACGCUCAUGGAUCAAGUUCAAGUGUCUGGCCGACAUAUUCCAGGCCUAUGAUGCACAGGAGGGCGAACAACCGGAGGUUCCUAUUACCUCCCGAGGUGUCCUUUCGGGAGCUCCAGCGAGUUCACGAUUCGUUUUAGCUACUGAAGCCAUUUACCUCCACAUGGGAGAGCUCUCUCAAUGGCAGUCUCUGGCUGGGUACCUACUUUAUGACCACUCCCAAAUCGCCGAUGAUCCGCCGGAGGAUGAUACUACGGGAAUCGUUCGCAAUUUGUACAAGAUGCAGGAAGGAUUAGAAUCCGUUCUUCUUGAAGUCCUCUGUGCUUCAGUCAAACUCCGGGUACUUGACAUUGCAAAAUCUGACAUUGACAAACGGGGGCGUAAGGUCAAGGCGCUAACAGCCAAGAUCCCUGAGCUCCAGGAGGAGAUUUCUCACAACCUUGCUCAAAUCAUUCCUCAACUUCUCAACAAAUUUGGCUCCUCCCCAGAAGCUGCAUCUGCUGUUCUACGACUGGAACAUCUGGUGGACCUCGAUACCAUCCAAGAUCUUCAAAAGGAUGCCACGGCGUACGCCUCUUUGCUUAAUGACAUUAACCGGCAAUUUCUGACCCAUUCUGAUCAAGAUGUCUUGGCAGAAGCUAGCGUGGCUUUCCUGCACGCAAAGAGUUCUGAAGAAAUGCGGGAGGCACUUGAAGGCAAAAUCCAGGAACUAUGGGAUGAUUUGGUGGAGGCCCUCGGUGUUUUAUCUCGCAAGAAGGAGGUUCAGAACGGCAGCUCCAUCGCCGAUCCAACUUUGACAGAACUCGCCAAUACCGUGACACGCAUUUCGAACCUUGCUGGUAUCACGGACAGUACCGCGAUUCUGGAAACAGUGCCCACCUCGCAUUCGAGGUCUAAGAAAGACCACCCCGAGGCUCCCUUCAAUACCCUGAUUCAUCUUACUAUGCGUGGCACCCGUGGACAAGUUGACGAUGAAGAUGUUGCCAGCGCAGAAACUGAGCUGGUGACCCACAGCAUUAACACAUUGUUAUUCUACUUUAUGUGGAAAGUACAGGCUCUAUCAUCUGCCUUGAAAGAGGGCAAGGCCUCUUUCAACACGUCUUACUUUGAAGCACUUACAAAAAGCCGUGAGACUUUUGCAUCAUCACUUCUGCAGAUCAUCAAGAGUCGACCUGGUCUUGAUGAUGUACGCUUUGUUGCUACUACCACAUACCUUGAUCUUCAAACACUAUUCAGCACACUCCGCAAUAUGGGCCAAGGCAUCGGAAACAACGAAGAUGUUAUCUUCCAGACCCAAAGCCUGGUACAUGAAACCUCAUCAGAGGCCCAGGCUCUCAUCACCAAGGUUCACGGCAUUGCCGAGCGCACAUUCGCCAAGAAACUUGGCCAAGAUCUCGAGCUCGCCGAAGAUGAUGAACCGGAAUCCGAAGACGAGCCCGAGGACGAUGACGAGGGCAAUGAUUCCGAAGAUGAGGCCAUGAUCAGCGAGCGACUUCGGUCCAGUAUCAUUGCUGAGCAGCGCCUCUGCGAGUUGACCGGUAAGAUCGUCCUGGCCAUUAUUGGCCGGGUCAUCGAUGCCUCUGGCUCAAAACGCGGUGCAUUGAAGAAGCGCUUGCUCCGCAACAAGACUUCCCUUGGUCAAAAUUACCGCGAGGUCUUGUCAUACAUGGAAGAACGAAAGCCUCGCAGUGCACCCCGCAGCAAGGGUAAACAGCCUGCCAAGCCAACAGCCGAGGGUCAGACACUCGAUGGUCCUGGAGGCAAGGAUUUCAAGUCCGCCGAACACGUGGAUGAUGAAGAUAGUGACCACCCUGACCCAGCGGAAGAGGAUGACGAAGAAGACCUGCGAGCCCGCGAACUCGUCGAAGAAGACAUUGAUCGCGACAAUGAUGAGAACGAGGAGUUGAAUAACGGCACGCCCGAACCGGAUGAGGACGAGGUUAUGGGCGACUAA